AUGAACAUAGAAAUUUUAAAUAGUAUUCAUGGUGGUGUAGUUUUAAGUAUUAAUAAUUAUAUAUACAUAAAAAAUAAAGACUACAUUAGAAAAAUAGACAAUAUACAUAUUUUUUAUUGGACUUGUGUAAAAAAAUGUGGUGCAAAAAUUCAGACUUUUUGUGAAAAUAAUGUACAUUAUAUUGACAAGAAUUGUAUUUUUUCUGAAAAUUACCAUUUGCACGGAGCUGAUCCAAUAAGUGUAGGAGCAAGAAAAAUAAAAGAAACUAUAAAAAAAAAUGCACGAGAAAAUCAUGAUAAACCAAUACAAAUAUACCACGCUGCAAUUGCAGGAACGUCUCAAACAAUUAAUUCAAAAAAUUAUGCUUCAGGUCUAUUUAACUUCAUUAAGUUAAUACAAAAAGUGCAAAACGAUACAGAAUCAACAGUUGAACAGCUUAUACAAGGACGGACUUCAAAAAGAGCAAAAAAGAACGUCGAUGUACAAAAUGCUCGCCUUAAAUGUAUUCAACAAAGAAUUUCCGAUGACGACAAGUUAGACAAGUUAGAAUUUUUAAAAGGCAUUGCACAUAAUUUAACUUUAUAA